AUGCACAACGACAUCCUGAAGUUUGGAUUCCAGGAAGGGAGGUCUUGCAGUACCUCCACGUGCUUCGCAAUUUCCCCCAUGAAUAGUGUGGACGAUGUCAUCAAAGACAUGGAAAGCCAAGAAUUCCCAGCUCGCACAGUGGACUACGAUGCGGACAGCGACAGUGUGGAUGAGUUCCCAGCUGAAGGAUACAGCGAGGAUGACUUGCAGCUUGUUGAGGACUUUGUCGAGGAUGUAGCGCCCGCAAAGGGCCUCCCAGCAGAGGAUGACGAGGAUGACAGCGAUGGGGAGCCAGACGUGACAUCCACCUCUGGAGAUGGACCCAUUGUGGAGUUUGCAGGCCUCCCAGAAUGGGGGAAGCCUGCUUUGGAGGUGGCCAAGCAGGUUCUCAGGGCACCUGAGAUGGAAAAUAUAGAGCUGUACUCGUUCAGAGCAGCUGCGCUCAGAGAUCGGCUCUACAUCCGCAUAGACAAGAUGGAUGAUCUAUAUGGAUCUCCAACAUUGGAUGACGUGGCGCUGUUCUCGUCAAAGUUCUCCCAGGCUCUGGAUGCUCGCCUCGGCGAAGAGGCGGCUGGCAAGCUGUCUGUAGAGGUCUCGAGCCCGGGUGCAGAGCGCAUUGUGCGCGUGCCAAGGGAGCUGGAGAGAUUUGGGUCGUUGCCCAUGCAAGUUACAUACCUCAAGGAGCCGGGCAGCACGGAGACAGACACCAAAGUACUGAGCCUCAAAGAGCUAGACGAGCAGCAGGGAACCUCUCGGUGGGGCCUGGCAGAUGUGAAGGCCAACCGGCGGAAAGGAGUCAUGAAGCUGUCGAAGCGGGAGGCAGGCAUUAGUUUUGACCUGCCCAUCUCCUCGCUGCAGCUCAUAAAACUGCACCUGGAAAUCUGA